CAAUGAAAAAUGGUCUCAAAAAAAGGAUUGCUUUUUAUUAUCUUAAUUUUGGGGCUCGUUAGCUCAGUUUUCAUUCUUUUCAAGUAUGAGUUUGAUAAAUAUAUUGUGAAUAGUAACAUGGUAUUCGAACUAAAUCAGUUCAAAGACAUCAAUAUUAAUAUUCCAGAAUCGACUCCGUCGAAGCCAAAUUUGCUUUUAUUUAUUGGUAUUAUUAGCGGCCCGUCUCGCAAUAAACGAAGAGCGGCAGGACGCGAUACAUGGAUUAAAGAAUGCAACAAACGAUCUGAUGUUGUUUGUAAGUAUUUCACUGACGGUAAAGAUCCAAGUGGUAAUUUGAUUCAGGGUGAACAAAAAGAGAAACUUGAUAAUGAAAGUCAGUUACAUGGAGAUCUUGUUCGUACAGAAACUCCUGGUGGGUAUACAUUUGCGGUAAAGCUACUGUGGAUACUUCAAUGGGCAACUCAUAACUACGAUUUCAAAUAUUAUUUACGACUUGAUGAUGACUAUUUUAUUUGUUUGAAUAAGUUAAUGUUGGAAUUAGCGAGUAAUAAAAGACCAAAACACAGCUUUCAAUGGGGAUGGCUGCACUGCAAUGGAAAAGAUGCGGCAUUCCUGGACGAGUCAUUUCUUCUUUUGACUUUUGACAUUGUUGAAUCGUUUUUAAAAAGGAAAGAAAAUUUGACGUGCCACGUUUGGGAAAGUCAGUCUGUUGGCUAUUGGUUGAAAGCUAUCUCAAAUUUGACAACAUUUACCGACAACGGCAGAUUAGUUCAUCUGCGUUCUUCAUCAAAUGACUUUAGUUCAGAUGAGAUUGUGGAAAAGAGAAACGAAAUUUGCCAUUCAAUUCUUGGUCUUCAUCAAAGUUACCCUGAUCAAAUGAGGCUGUACUGGAGUGUUUAUGAGAGAGAAGAUAAUAUUACACAGUAUAAAAUUCCGAAAGUCGUAUACAACUGUCAAUUUAAACCGAACAUGAAUUACAUGGUUUGGCAAAACGAUGAACUAUGGUUUUCUGAACCUAAACCAUGCAAAGAUAAUCCUACAUGGAGAGAUGAAGAGGAAUAUUUUGGUAGAGGGGGAUGAGCGCAGAGUUAGAGAGAGUGUGUUAAGGUAGAGAGUGAGUGUAGAAGUAUGGCGAGAGAGAGAGUAAGAGAACAAAAUGAGAAAUCCUGAUUUUAUUUAAUUUGUCUUCGGGAAGCUUAAUACUGUGCCGAAUAUAGUUUGCGCAAAAAGUUUUAGACCAAGCAGUUAGUAUAUUGUCAAAUUUUAGCAUUUGAGUGCCAUAUUGUAAUACGAAAUCGUACUAUUCUACUUCUAGGUCUUUGGGUACUAUUAAAAUCAUGUAUAUUAUUUUAGUUGUUAUCAUGCCCAAUUUACCGUCUGUGUAAACGGAAUACAAAUAAUUUGUUCUUGUUGCUUCCAUCAUUGCAAACAACAGUGCCAAUUUAUGUUAAAAAUAGAAUAAAUUUGAUUUCUUCGAUUGUA